CCUUCUUCUUCUUCAAGUAAAAGUCUGAGCACGGGCGCGAUGGCGGCUGACGGGGGAGAAGACAUGGAUGCUCUUUGCGAUCCAGAUUUGGGCUACUUGGCGCGGCCGCGAACUGCCCUCGCCUAAACUAAGGUAAACAGCUGUGUGAAUGAGGAUAUGCAAGAUAUCUGCUUUGGAAGCCAAGAAGCUCUGUUCAUGCAGCCAAACUUUUCUUAUGUGGCGCUGUUGAAGGGAUAUAUUGACCUAAAUGCUGGCUCUCAUACAAUCAAUACCCAGGGGCAGGAGUCGUGCUUGUGUGCUGCUGACAUUGGUCAAACAAGUGAUGCGGGUGUACCUCUGCUACAUUUACAACAAAAAAAGGCGGCUCGGGUCUUGGGUGGCAACAACAUGUCCAACGGCACACCAAGCCUUCAGGAUUUAGGCAUGAUGGGUGACUUUGUUGACGACCAGGACAAUUCUCCUGUGCAAAUGGAGGAUCUAGAUGCACAAACAACAUAUUUUCAAUUAUUCAAGGGAGAGGAUGAUAUAUCGUUUGAUGACUGUCAAGGAGAUCCAUGGAGGCCAACCCUCUUUGAUGAUAUUAGCUUGGAUCAGGUUGAUACAAACAAUGAAGGAAGAGACGGGUCUUCUGAGUGGGAGCAAAAUCAUACCUGGAAUCUUGAUUCGCCGACAUGUGUGCAAGCUGGUUCCUCCAGACAGUCUCGAGAGGCGGGAACAUCAACUGAUGCAUGCCAUCUGCAAGUGCAAGACAAGGAGAAUGAAGAUAAUGAAAUCAAUGAAGAAACAAUAGAAGAUUUUUUGGAAAAUGAAAGACGGGCCGCAGAAGGAGGGAACGAUAGAACAAUUGGUAGUGAGCUGAAACCUGAAACAGGGAUGCAUUUUGCUACGAGGGAAGAAGCUCAAAAGUUCUUAAACUUCUAUGCCUUUGUUGCUGGUUUCUCCAUAUCUGUUGUGUCGACUGCCCGCACAACCAGCAAAAAAAGGGACAGAUAAGUUACAAGGGUAACACUGAAAUGCAACAAGUAUGGGCAUAAUACAAAGCUGAAAUUGAAAACUUGUCUGUGCAAAGAAAAAGCACUGUCAUAGCGAAGACAGACUGCAAAGCACAAAUGCUAAUUACUUUGAAAGAUGGAAGAUGACGUAUAACUAACCUCAAUCUUGAUCAUAACCAUGAGCUCAACCCUGGCAGUAGGUUUUUUAGAUCUCAUGUUUACAUGUCUGAUGAAGAGAAAGCAUUGAUCAGAACAAUGAAAAAGUGCAACAUACCUACGAGGAAGAUAGUGGCAGUGUUGGCGUACAUAAGAGGAGGAAUGGACAAGUUACCAUACAACAAAAGGAAAGUGAGUAACUAUGGUACAACGGUAAGCAGAGAACCGGAAAAUAGUGAUGUCAUGGAAGUGCAGCAAUACUUCCAGAAGAAACAAGCUGAGAGCCCUGGAUUUUGCUACUCAAUGGAAGUAGAUGCAAAAAACAAGGUCAGGAGCGUGUUUUGGACAGAUGCUAGAUCUACAAUAAUGUACCAAG